AUGAAAGGCUACACCCCCCACCGCACACGUCAUCUCUCUGACUGUGACCCUCCACACUCACCCUCUCGCCUCGAUCCAUUGUACCCACCCUCGGCUAGCUCCACCCUAUCACAUCAACCCUACAUUGUCCCUUCUUCCACCAUGGAUCAUUAUGGAGCCCUGGAGCCCCAUCACUUCUCCAAUUCGCCCAGCUCAGGUGGUCUUCCCCCAGACUGCCUGAUGCCCCUCAACAACCAGCUGUCCACCAGUGGCACCUUCCCACGUAUCCAUUACAACUCUCAUUUCGAACAGGGUGACUUCUCACCUCCAGCUGGAGACAACAUCGGGGGGAUCAGCACAGGCACACUGGGUACCUCUAUGUCUAUCGGCAUGGGAAUGAACAUGGGACCUGGAACAGGACGCACAGCCAUGAUCACCAGUGGAUCUGCUACAAUAUCAGCUGCAGGGAAGAUGAACCGGUUACCAGCGAACCUCCUGGAUCAGUUUGAGAAGCAGUUGCCAGGGCAGCGGGAUGGCUUCAGCACCUUACAGUUUCAUCGUAGCACAGCUGUGGAAACAACUAAACAGCAGCAGCAGCGCACUGAUAGCCCAGGGAAGAUCCGCUACCUGGUUCACUCUGUGCAGAAACUCUUUGCAAAGUCACAGUCACUCGAAAGCUCGGCUAUGAAGGGCAACAUGAAUGGGCGUUCAGGAAGCAGCGCCAAUGAGGACAAACACCACCGGCGCAGCAAAAGCAAAGACCGGGUCAAGAGUGAGGGCACAGCAAAACGGCGUCCACGCUCCAACAUGUCUGGCUACUGGAGUUCGGAUGACCUGGACAGUGAUAUCAUUAACUACAGGAGCCCUGUGGCGAUGAUGACUCUGGGUCGUCAGAGCUCUGCAUCAGGGUCAGCGCUGGAAAGCCAAGCAAAUUCAAAGUAUUUAAUGCAAGGCUACAACACCAUUAGCGAGCACACACUGAAAGCCUCAAAGAGCAACAAUGACCUGAAGCACCAGGGCCUCCUUGCACUCCCAGGCCCUGGGGGAGGGGGAGGAGGAGGAGGAGGAAGAAUGGCAGUUGUGGAAGGGAAUUAUGGGAAGGGUGGGCCCUGGUCCACGCUCACACUGGGACCCAGUAGGCAGUUGUGCCCGAAGGGCUCAGCCACACUGGAUCGUUCCCUGCUCAAGUCCAAGUCAUGCCAACAGGAGCUGGCCUGCCAUUAUCUCCAGGUGCGAGGCAGGAUGCCCUCUACAGGAGAGUGGAGCGGGACUCUUGGUCGAGGUGAGAUCCCAUGCAGGCGGAUGCGCAGUGGCAGCUACGUUAAGGCUAUGGGGGACCUGGAGGACAGCGAUGACUCGGACAGCAGCUUGAAACCCUCACCAAAGACUGCUGCGCGCAGACAGAGCUACCUACGUGCCACACAGCAGUCGCUCAGUGACCAGUUCCCUUCCAGAAACCGUCCACUGGACUACUCGAUGCUCCAGGGGGAUCUGGAGGCCCUAUGGUCUCCCCUCCACAGCAUUGCCACUCUGCAGCAGAUCGGACGCUCCGUAAGUUGUCUUCCAUCUCUGCGAGAAUUCUCUGGGAAUCGCAGUGUGGAUAAUUUGGACUGUAUCGGAGGUUCUAUAAGCUCAGCAUUCCCACGCUGGGAUGAUGACGACUUCAGUCAGGGCUGCAGCACACUUGGACGCAACAGCUGCAUCAGCCAGAUGCGGGACUCAGAGUUGAACCAAUGCUAUGGAGAAGACUCCUGUUCAGAGUCUGUAUUUGGAGAGAUGCACAUGCUCACACGUUCUCAUUCCCGGCCAGAGGAGCCUGAUUUGCCUCCCUGCUUCCGUUCCCGAAGCCAUAGUUACCUCCGUGCCAUCCAAGCUGGCUGCUCCCAAGAUGAUGACACGGCAUCACUAGAUUCAGAUUCGCCGCCACCACCCACUGCUACAACUGUACGCACCUACAGUACCAGCACCGUCUCAACAUGUAUAACAACGUGUAAGAAGAUAGCUCCUCCCCCUGUCCCUCCUCGCAAUUCCACCUCCAAGCCCUUCAUCUCCGUGACUGUGCAGAGCAGCACCGAAUCGGCGCAGGACGGUUACUUGGACAACCACGAGUUCAAGAGCCACACCAACGGCAGCUCGUCAGACAGCAGCUUGACAAAAGGGUCACGAAGUCACCCGCCUGUGCUCGGACCUCGCGAGCCACAGGUUCCGGCAGCUGUGGUGCUUUCACCGGACUCCUCUCGUGAGCUGCAGAAUGAGCAGGUGAAGGCAGGAGGAGCAGCAGACAAGCCCAGAACGGAGCCCGUACCCCGUCGCAAACUUUCUUCUAUUGGAAUACAGGUGGACAGCAUCCAGGAAAUUCAGAACAGAGUCGAGACGCCGACGCCGCCAUUGGCCAGGUUCCAGUCGAUUGGAGUGCAGGUGGAGGACGGCUGGACACUCAGCCGUUCCAGUAGUAUGGCAUCGAAGCAGGAAACGGACUCCGACACACAAGAUCUCUCUCUUAAUUCUGUCACCAGUGUUUCAUCCAACAACGCCUCUAGACCCACUGAGAAAAAAGUCAUGGUCAACAGCUCUAGCCAAUCCGUGGACUUCCACGCCCAAAUCUCUCUCGACAACGGUAGCCACGAUGAAGACGUUGUGACAACCAGCGGUCCUUCCCGCCAGCUCCUGACUAAUCGCUCGACAACAAAAAGCAGCUCUUCCUCGUUUUCAGAGAGCUUAGACCCCGCCCUCGACCCCUCCUCCCUGCCGCCGCCCGACCCCUGGUUGGAGAGCGGCAACGGGACUGGAAACGGAGUCCCCACGCACACGUCGUCAGGUGGCAUGUCGGCAUGCCGGAGAGAUGGGCAUUGGUUCCUGAAGCUGCUGCAGGCAGAGACCGCACGGAUGGAGGGAUGGUGCAAACAGAUGGAGGAGGAGACCAAAGAGCACCAGCUCUCUGAAGAGGUGCUGGGUAAGGUGCGCAGUGCAGUGGGCAGUGCUCAGCUCCUCAUGUCUCAAAAGUUUCAGCAGUUCAGAGGGUUAUGCGAACAAAAUUUGAAUGUGAAUGCUAACCCGAGGCCCACCGCUCAGGACUUGGCAGGAUUCUGGGACCUUCUUCAGCUCUCAAUAGAAGACAUUAGCCUCAAAUUUGAUGAGCUCUACCACCUCAAAACUAAUGACUGGAAACUGGACCGAGAUUCCCCAGACAAACAGAAGAAUCAGAAGCAAGCUCCACCUGUGCCAAAGAAGCCUGGGAAGAGCAAGGCAGUGCUGACCCGGGAGAAAAGCAGUGAGGCGGCAGAUAAACAGAGGCAGGAAGCCCGUAAGAGACUGAUGGCAGCCAAGAGAGCACAGUCAGUCAAACAGAACUCUGCCACCGAGAGCUCGGACAACAUCGAGAUCUACGUCCCCGAAGCCCAGACACGCCUCUGAGAGAAGAGAAAUGAUGAAAUGGAACCACGGCUCAGCCAUGUGGGGAGAGGAAAGAAUGAAGGGGAAAGAGAAAACAAGAGUGAGAAGACAUCAGAGCACUACACAGAUCUGCUCUAGUAUCAAAUGCAAAAUGCUCUUUAUUUUGGUGGCAGCCUAAAAUUGAGAAAGGAGAAUGUGGAAGUUGUGGACAGGCCACACAAAGAGCUUCUCUUUUCAGAGACUGCCAAGGAAAACCUCACAGACAUUAUUAUUAUUAUUAUUAUUAUUAUUGCUGAUAAUUAUAUCAACUAAAGUCUAUAUCAGACUGUUUUUAAAUGUUCUAAUAUCUUGGAUAAGAGAUUUAAUCUAUGUGGACUAAGGUAGCCACACUUGGAUUUUUUUUUGCCUUUACCACUGCAUCUAGUAGAAAAUCCUCCUCUGAGGUUUCCAUAUACACAUACUUGCUUGGAGGAUGCCUUCUAAUGUGUGCCCUCUCUGAAAUAUUUGUCUUCCUGUUUGCUAAUUUGGUCUGUUGAUUUUCAGCCACUAGCACCAAGCUAUAGAUCUCCCCCCCCCCCCCCCCCCCCGAUCGCAGUAACGAAUAAACAAAAGCCUUUUAGAAUGGAAAAGAAUGGUAUAGAAAUGUAGGGCACUUUAUUUCACCCAUCUGGUUUUCACUCCUACUUGACUUUCCCUUCAUGGUAAGCUUUCAUACCAUUUACUGGGUGCUUGCCUAAUGUUAAUGCGCACACACGCGCGCGCACACUCCAUUUUAAAGGAGCAAUAAAUAAGAUUCCCUUUGAAAAUGUGAUUUUUAAAAAUUUUAAGGAAAAUAUAAAUCACUGAUUGAUUGAUUAAUAGUAGAUGUAGGAAGUUUUGGGUGGGUUUUGGAGAAAUGAUUGCCUGUUCUGAUAUCUUGAUAAACCAUGUAACUAACAGUGACCCAAUUAUGUGUGACUGAACUGCAGCUGAUAAAAUACCAUUUAUUUCCCCGUUAUUUUAAAAAUAUAUAUAUUUUGCGAUUAAAAAGUAAGCAGGGAAGGCACAUUAUAUGCUUCUGAAUCUACACGCAUCUUAUAUUGCAGUUAGAAAUGUCACUUUGCCGUAAUGAAGGCACAAUUCUUUCAGGAACCGUAGCUCACAGGUAGGGUCUGAUCACGCAUCAAAACCACUGCCAAUUUUAGUAUCCUGUAGGAAAAUGAACCAGCUGCUUUUUAUUUAUUAUUUUUUUUAUUUUUUAUUGUAAGGAAAGAUCAUGAAAGAUAAUUAAUGAGCUCACUCUAAAAUGUUGACACUCUGUUAAAAACAAUCAUUUUACUUAAUCGUAUUUAGUCAUUCUAAAGCUGUAGAACAUGUAACAUUGCAGAGUUAAAACAAUCCUAAGGUAGGUUAUGGAGUGACGGCACCUCUGUGCUUGUUUGGGUCCUUUAUCCUGUGAGCUGUCCUGACAAAGUGAAGGCAUUUUUAUUCUACUUUCCAUAGUCCUAUCUUUUUUUUAUUUUAAAUUUUUUUAAAUUCUCUUUCAUUUACUUUGUUUACCUUGUUAUUAUUUAUCCUCAUUGAAGUUAUGUCUGUUUUAAAGAAGAAUUAUUAAAUUAUUUUAUAUGCAUUUGUUAGGUGUCAUUUCAAACCUUUUUACUGGUUUAUCAAAUGAUGACAGGGUUUCGAAGAGGUGCUUUAAUUUUGAACUUAUCUAAAUGGUUGCACCAUUUGCACCAACCCAGCGUUAUAAAAACAGAAAUCGCAAGAGGUUUUCAUUUGCAUCAGUAUUUGCGUAGUUUAUCCAUGCUGAUGAACAGGAAGUUAAUUGAGAGUCUAGUCUGGCACUGUUGGUCUUGAAGCACACUGACAUUCCUAAGGAGUAAUGCGAGUUCAUUUGGGUCAUGGACAACAGGAAGCUGAUAACACUUGUAAGAAAGUAGCUCCAGGCUUCACAGCACAGAGUGGGACGUACUUUUUAUUUUUUCGUGGAUUUGAAGGACUCCGACGAAUGAAACUUUACAUCCAUACAUUCUCAAAACAGAUAUGAAGCCUGAGCAAUGCACCAAGAAUUUGUAUCUGACUCCGUCCAUUUAAAAAGGGAUAUAUGUGCAUUUUAACUAGGAAAGACCCAUCCAGUGGCCCACCUGCUUUCUUUAAACAGACCCACACCCACAAGCACUCUGCAUGAUGAAAUAGUUGAGUGAUUGGCUCCCUUUGUCUGCACUGUUGUGUGUUAGCGAGGCCAGUGAUGGCUCCCUUUGCUGUUUGCAGUAACGGUGUGAAUAGGAUCUCCUCUCUCUCCACUGCUUUCCCCCAUUUGGCCCGGGGGUGAGUCGUUAACGCCUGCGGCUUUGUGUGCUGAUGGCCUACAGCUUAUCCCUCCACAGGGUUUCAAGGCAUGUCUGUCUGACAAAUCCCUACAGAACUACUUUAACAGCCCCAUUUCUAAAUCGGUGAAUUGGGGUUUCAAGUAAGUCAGUGAAGUAUGCUUAUUCUGAGUCCGAGAUCUGCUAAAUAGAGUUGUGCCAUCUGCAGGUUGGAACAAAUCAUGGUGGAAAUGAAUCGUCUGUAGUUCUCAUUGUUUCUCUGGUGUCUUGUUAUUACAUGAUUGCAAGGACAGCUGGUUAGAUUGUAAUUCUCAAAAUACGUCCUCGAGAAUAGGCCAGAAAUGGUUGUAACACUAAGGGGCAUAAAAUGUAAGCGCGAGUGAAGGCCAGCAUAUAGAAUCGUCAAAGCUGUGUCUGAGCUUGUAACUUGAAGAAUUAUGAUCAUGUUUACACACAGCUGGGGCAGGGAAAAUGGAAAAAGGUUUCACACUCGUGUGUGUGUGUAUAUAUUGGACAUUUUUGUCCUUGAUUCAAGAAAUGAUGAAGAAACAUGAAUCGCAUCUACAAGGCUUUGAAUACAUUUAACGUCUGUUACACUGCAGUUAGGAAAAGGAAAAUAAUGUAAAUGUAGAGAUUGCUGGAUGAACGGUUUCAUCUAAAAACUACUAAAGCUCCCAGAUUUCCCUCUUUAUUAGUAGAUCUUGUAGAUCCAUGUUUCCCUCACUUACUACAUUUGUCUAUUCGUAUAAUAUCUUUGUGCUUACUGAAUUUCUUUGUUCAUUUAAUGUAUUUGUUUCCAGCUUUUGAAAAUUUUCUUUUCUCACAUGAAGUAGUUCUUAAAUCUUUCAUCUAUUCCUUGUUUUCAUUCAAUCUAGUCUGAAUGUAUUUUACUUUGAGUCUGUUUUCUUGAUCAUGUAUGUGGGCUUCCCUUAGGACCACAGUGGACCAAUACUCUUCUUGUCGUCUUUGACACACUCGGUGUGUUUUAAAAGCUGGGAAACUGCUUUCUCUGUUGGACAGCAGAAAAGCCCCACGUGUGGAAUUGCGGGACAAUAUUUUGAAGACAACUUUUCAAUUGAGAGACACUUUGGAGGGACAUUCGGUUUCUGCCCUGCUCACGCUGCUUAGGUUCUAAAGUUUUUAAUAUACCUCUUAAGUAACUGACACGCGGCACAAUUUUGGUAGGCUACAGCCCAAGCUGGGGUAAGGGAAGCCCAAAUGGUGACCCUGUACUCACCCUGCACUUAACCGUAAGUGUAUACUUCUACCUGGUGUUCAUCAGCCUAACCUGCAAAAAAAAAAAAAAAUGAGCUAGGUUUUCUCUCAAAUCUUUUGUCUUUUUCUGGCUAUGUUUUACUUUUAAAUCCAUUUGGUUAUACUACAGGGGCUAUAUGAGGGGUCAAGGAGAACUCAACAUUCAAUGCAAGCAUCUGUAGCAAAAAAUAAGAAAUUAUUAUAAUUGAUAUUUUAUGAGACAAGCACAUAUUUUACUGACUAGGAUUUGUUAGGUAUAUCUAAUGCUAUAUAAAUUUUAGGCUGUGUAUGUCAGGGUCUUUUUUGUUUUAGUAAGAAAUACAAUAAAA